AUGUUACAACUACGAUCUUAUCCGAAAUUUUUUAAAGCUUUGAAGAUCUUACAAUGGUUAAUAAGUUUUGGAAUUCUUAUGAUAGAAGUGACACAAAUUGUGGUAUAUUAUAAAAUUCCUUUACCCAAAUCAUUUUUUUCAAAACAAGAUCUAUACGAUGGUGAAGUUAAAUAUUGGUAUUACUUUGUGAUCUUAAUAACAUUAAUUGGAAUCGGUUAUUAUUUGACGAAAUUUCAUAGAUUUUGGGGAAUGGGCCCGAAUAUAGUGAUCGAUUUGGUUUUCUUUUUUCUUUGGCUUGCAGCUGGACUUGCGAACCUCGUUCCGGUGUAUAAAGGAUCAAAUUUAACAUGUCCUCUAAUAAAUUUAAAGUCUCAAAACCUUGAACUACAUUGUUUGUAUUAUAUAGUAUCAUUAAUAUUAGGUUGGGUGAAUACAUUUUUCUUUUUAAUGACGAGUAUAAUAUGUCAAAUCAUUCGAUGGGAGAAAGCUAAAUGGGAAGAGGAAAAAUCUGGAUUAUCAAGAAAAUCGAGAGAUUAUAGAUCUUAUGGUCCAAUGGAUUCAAAAUCCAAUUUACAUUUUCCUAUUACGAUUCAUCAAAAUAAUAUUACUGCUCCCUCAAUUAAUUAA